GGUCCCACCUGUUCCAAAGAACUGUAAUAACUUCUCUGUAGCGGUUGAUGAUUAAAAUAGGUUUUUGAGCUCUGAGCUGGAGUAUUCCCAGCCAGAUUAGGCGUGCUGCGCGAAGACGUAACAUAGUGGGUGCGGUUUGAGAAAGGGCUGGGACUCCCCGGUGACGACAGCCAUUUACCAGGAACGCGGGCGGCUACAAAGCGUGUUCGAGACUCAAGCAGCGCCAGAGCGUGGAGACAGGGCACAGCGCGAAGGCACAGGGGCUGGAGGGACACAGCAAGAUGUCUACUUUUAAAAACUAAAACUGAGCUAAGGAAAUAGCACAGCGACUGGCUGGAAAACACUUUGACACACCGAGAGGGCUGAUGCACACUGAAGAUGAAGAGGAGCCUCUUUUCUUGUGCAUUAUUCUGUUAUGUCACUCUGCUGAACUGGAAAAGUGCAGUGAUGCUCGAGUGCAGCGAACAGGAAUUUGAAGACAAUGGUCAAUGUGUCCCCUGUCUUCACUGUCCUCCAGGACAUGAGCCUGACCAGGAAUGUGGUUACGGAAAAGGCAUCAAAAUGAGCUGUAGAAGCUGUUUGCUGUUCACCUUUUCAAUGACCUAUGGCUCUGGGUCUUGCAAGCCUCACACAGACUGUGCCAAUUUGAAGAGGAGUUAUGUCCAUCUGGGGACAGCAACUGAAGAUGCUUUGUGUGGGCACUGUUUGCCAGGGUACUACACUGUAGCUGAAGGACUUUCUGAAGUGGGGGAAUGCCUACCAUGUUCUUCUGCUCCAAAAGGAACCGUGGCAUGUGCAGGUGUGUAUUCUCGACUUUUGCGUGUGGCAAGGGACAUCCGGACUGCACAUCAAGCGAAUGUCUCAAAGUCUUCCAACGCCAGCAAGAAGGGGACGCAGGAGGGGAAACACACUGAAUAUGCUGUGUUAGCAUUGGUGCCAGUCUUCUGCAUUGUAGGAUUGCUUGGAAUUCUCGUCUGCAAUUUCUUGAAGAAGAAGGGGUAUCGCUGCACCUCAGAGAAAGAAGCUGAUGAGGAGAGCUCCACUGCGAAACUUGCAGCUGUGAAUGGAGAUUCCUUCAGAUCUGAUGAAACAAAUGAAGACACCAUUGGAGUUCUGGUGCGGCUGAUCACAGAGAAAAAAGAAAAUGCUGCAGCCUUGGAUGAGAUGUUGAGGGAGUACGAGAGGAAGGAAGGAGUCACCAAGGACAACAUGGCAGAAAUCACCAACAAGAAUGUGUCAGACAAGUUUGCUCCCUUGUUAACCUUUCCCAAACUCUGCAAACACCAUCAUGUUCACACUGUGCAGACCUCAGCAACCCUGCUGGGAUCCAGCUGUACCCGCUGCAGUCAAAAGAAGUGGCCAGAGCUUCUGAUGAAUCCAACUGUCCGGAACGCCACAAAACCUGUCAGGAUGGGAACACGGAAUAGUAGGUCUGGUGAGAUCACCAUCUUAUCUAUCGGCAGAUUCCGUGUGGCUCAAAUUCCUGAGCAGAAGCAGAAUUUAAUCGAUGAGCAAGUCCUACCUGCGUUAAAGGGCUCUGAUUCAAUCGAAACAUCGUGUAAUGAGCCCGUGGAUCGUAAAUCUCUGCUGGGCAGUGUCUUUAUAAAAUGCCCAAAAGAUCAGCAAGAGGUUGGUGACUGAGUUUGUUGCAGAUGGUGAAGAGAUUCGCAAGUCGCUUGAAUGUCAGUUGAAGCACCAGUGGGAUGUACAUCUCUUGUUCGAAGAUUAUCAAACAUACAAUCUUCUUCCAAAUGUUCUAUACUAUAUGUGGCAAAAUGAGAGGAUGUAGGAUUAAUCCAUAUGCUGGCUGGGAACUUGCAAAUAAAGCCCAGUGUAAAGAUGAGCGCAACUCAUUUUUAAAGUUGAGUCUCCAAGGACAAUCUCAGCUGAAAUAUCCAACCUCUGAAACACUACACACUGCCUGUUAGUUUACAUCCUUUGUACCUCCUUUUUAAACUCUUUAAUUUGUCCCUUGGAGAAAACUAAAGUUACAAACUUAAACCACAGCUUUCAGUGAAGCUUUCAUCAGGUUUUUUACUUUGCAUAGAGGAUCCACUUGAUGACAAAGUUGUACGUCCACUUUUUUUAAAAACUUGCCGUUUGAGGGCAAACAGAGCCAUCUUGUGGAACUGAAUCUAAACUGCUUCCUACUAUACUACUGAGCCACACAGUGAAUAAGGUUAAGGCUUGCUAUUUUUAUGACCUAAACGUUGUAAUGAUAAUAAUGAGAAACCAGAGAAAUUGUAAUUAAUUCUUAUUUUUAAAAAAUGUGUUCUAAUUCGACAUCAACACAAGACAGAAUUUUGAAUUUUCACAGUAUAUGUUCAACUACUGAUUAAAGGAGAGUCACCACUAACUAAUUUCUUUUUAAAAAAUACUAUUUUUCAAACCCUCUCAAGGUAUUGGCAUAAAUCAUAGGAAAAGUAUUAUUUAAAAGCUUAACCCAGUCAUUAUUAUAACAUGCAAAGUUUUAAAGUGUUAAAGACAAAAACCAACACUAUUAGGAAAACAAAAUAAAUUCUCUAAUAUGGUCAAAAUGGUUAGAGCUUUCUCGACUGCCCAAUUUCUCUGUAAAUUAUACAAUUAAAAAAGGAUUGUAAUAUAUCAUAGCAAUAAUAUAUCUUUUUAAAGAUAUAAUGAAAAAUGCAUAGUAGCUACCUUCACAAGUAGAUUGUUGCUACGUAGCGUACCUCGUAUGUCAUUUUCCCUCUUUCUAAAACGGACGGUUUUUAAAACCAUUUUCAAUUUGGAGUUUCCUGUGUAUUGACUGUGCGCACCUUUUUUGCUAACUCACUGCUAGUUGUCAAGAGCGUGACUUCUGUUGAAUGUUACAACAGCUGUGUUCCCUCAAUCGGAAGCUGGCAUUUCACGAAGUGCAGAUCUGCAAUCUGUUUAACUUGCGUCGAGUUCAUUGUGUUUUCACUGUAAAAUGCUAACUUCUGAGAAGGGGAAAGAAGGAAAAGAGUCUUUGCUAAACUGUUAGACUAGAAGGCACACAUAUUACCUAUGAAAACAGGCGUGGUACUUUUGGUUUAUCCCUAUGUACAAUUGAUGUUACAGAAUGGUGGUAUGACACCAUAUCAGUAGGAGUCAAUACAGUCAUAGAAAUAUACUGCCUGAAUCCUAACUGUAGUAAAGAUUUAUCAGCUGGAGACAUUCAGUUACCCGUGUCUUGCACAGAAGAGGUAAUAUAAGGUGACACCCAGCAUUGGAAUGAUCAUGACAUGUUGUUUCAUCAGUUUGCGGUUCCAUGUCAGUCGUGAGGAGGUUCUAGCCAGAGAUGCAGACAUUACCCACCUGACUUAAGCCUUGAGCUGUGAAGAGAUAAUGGUGAUGGCUAUACCACCAGCCCAAAACAAGAAUUAUGAUACAAACCAACUAUUAAAUAAAAAUAGAAUUGUAUGGCAUUAUAGCCCUGAAUCACUGGAAGUGGAAUUCGGUGGAUCCCACAAUACCAAAGCAGAAUUGUUUCCACUGAUUCUGGGAAAUUGCGUUGGUGAGUGUAAACAUAACAAUUCUUCUUUCUUCAAAGAAAAUUCUGUUUUUAAAGUAGUGGUAACUAUAGUGUGGAACUAACUAGACUAUCCUUUGAAACUUGAGAACAUUAAAAAUCAAUCCACAUUGUCCAAUAAAGGAUGGUUGCAUUGGGUGACUUAUGUGGCAUUUUUCCAAUCACCUUUAGUGUUAUCAGUAGGUUUGAUGGUUGGGGAAGCACAAUCGUUUUAAGAAUUGUGUAUCUUUGUUUGUAAUGAAUUCAGUUGACUGAAUAAUCAGUUAGGAACUGAAGAAUUACUGAAGCCUAUACUAUUACCAACAACAACCUGGGUUCCACUGACAUUAUCAUCUAAUCUAUCUUCUGCAGUUGAAUGUGUGGAAUACUGCCCAGGGGAAGGGGCUUGCAGGGCAGUUUGGUUAACUCUUAUCCUGUAGUGACAGCUAUUGUUCUUUUCUGGACACAAUAGUACCAGUCAUAGUUUGAGCAGCUACACUCAUUCCUCUGUAACUAGUGCUAGGGAUUCUAAAAGUCAUUUUGUAAGAUUAUUAAUAUACUUAUCUGAAAUUUAAAGAAGGGUCUGUCAGGUGUAAUAACAGCAUGCAUCUCUUGAUUCUAUUCCCCCUUUCCAAUGCCUGCUUGCAGCAUUUUAAUUCUGGGUGAAAAUUAGUUUACAUGUUGCUGCUUUUUACAUUUUUGUUUUGAUAAAUAUUUUGCAGUUUAAUUUAUUCUUUGUCAUUUACUUUUAUUUGAACUUUCUGUAAAGUAUUGACAAGUGAAUGCACUGAUUAAAAAAAAAAUCCUUGUGUCAUUUGUUGGUUGUAUUUAUUUGUGUUUGGUUAUGUUGCAGGAUUUGUAUUAUAUGAUUCAUCCAAUAAACUAAAGUUUGUUCCUGA